AUGAAUCGAGCCGCAGUGAGAGCCUUAAGGACGACCUCACUUUCGACCGUCCGCACUCUCUCCCGCACUCCUCGUCGUGGCUUCGCCGUCUCGUCCUUCACUCUCGCCCAGGCAAGAUCCAAGGCUAGCGCACACGCUCGAAGCGGUCGCCGCAACCCUGCAGGUGCCAUUCCCCUAAGGUCUUCUAUGUACUUUCGUCGCCUGCCAGUCGCGCUGGUAUCCAGUAUCGUCGUCGGAUACGGCGCCUGGUACUCUCUCAACAGCUCUGACACACCCGGCUCGGCUGUAGGCUCUAGGACUAGCCUCGCCUCGACUCAGACAGCGGAUGUAUUACCGACUCGGACUGUUCUCGUAGUAGGCGCCGACGAACUUAGACAAGGCACCAUUGUUGGCGAGGGACCCAUCUCCAAGGCAACUAGUGACGACGGGCGUCGCAUUGUCGAGAUGUUGACUCCCGACCAAGCAACGCAGAAGCUUCGUCGCCUCGAACAGUCUUUUUCCGUCAGCCGAGGACAGGGUGUCACACGUUACGACCUGGUACAGCUGCCCAGUAACGACCCAAUCGAGGAUGAUCACGCCGAGAAGAUUGUUCAAGUCCCCAGUAGAUAUUCUGUCGAGACAGAUAACAGCGAUUGGAUGUUUUGGGGUGUUUUUGACGGCCAUUCAGGAUGGACUACUUCUGCAACCUUGAGGGAAAGCCUGAUUAACUACGUCGCCCGCGAAUUGAACGAAACCUACAAGAAGGCUUCCGGUGAUCUUCCCUCUGAGGAUGCAGUAAAUCUGGCCAUCAAAACUGGGUUCAACAACCUUGAUAACGAGAUCGUCCACAAGAGCGUGGAGAAGGUGUUCAAGGGCGGUUCCAAGACUGUCGCAGCCGAGAUUCUACAGCCCGCUCUAUCAGGAUCGUGUGCCCUGUUAUCAUUCUACGACAGCCGCAGCAACCUCCUACGGGUUGCAUGCACUGGUGACUCUCGCGCAGUCCUUGGUCGCAGGGCACAGAACGGAAAGUGGACAGCCACUGCUCUAUCAGAGGAUCAGACGGGUAGCAACCCUCAAGAGGUUGAGCGCAUGCGCAAGGAGCAUCCUGGGGAGGAAAACGUCAUCCGAAAUGGCCGUGUUCUUGGUGGAUUAGAGCCUAGUCGUGCCUUUGGAGACGCCGUCUACAAGUGGAGCAGAGAUGUAGCCUGGAAGUUGCGCGAGAACUUCUUUGGUCGCAGCCCUUCACCUCUUUUAAAGACUCCUCCCUAUGUUACCGCCGAGCCUAUCGUUACAACCACCAAGGUCAACCCCGAGAAUGGUGAUUUCCUUGUCCUGGCAACCGAUGGCCUCUGGGAGAUGCUUACCAAUGAAGAGGUUGUCGGCCUUGUAGGCAAGUGGAUUGAGACUCAGGGACAGUCUGGAACCAACUCACAGUUUGAUGCUGCAUGGAACAAGAUCUUUGGCUCGUCAAAAACACCAUUACCCGUUGAGGAGAGCAAGACCGCCGGACCUGAUGGCAACAAGACCCCUAUCCGUGUUCAGCAAUGGGGUAUUGACCCGGAUGCUAAGGAUCGCUUCACCGUGAAGGAUAAUAAUGUGGCUACACACCUUGUCCGAAACGCCCUUGGUGGCAACAACGACGAACAGGUCUGCGCUUUGCUCACGCUGCCUUCGCCUUUCUCACGACGAUACCGUGAUGACUUGACUGUGCAAGUCAUCUUCUUCGGCCAUGGGGAGAAGACAGGCGAGGUAACUGUCAAUCUCGAGGCUACAGCUGGAGAAGGUGUCAAGGCGAAGUUGUAG